AUGACAGCCAUGACCGCCAUUCCCGAUCCCGAAUUUCCCUGUUCGAUGCAAGCCACCCCCCUGUCCUGUGACGAUGACGGCCCCAAUGUCCUCAACGUCCCCUUUCCUACCGCUCGACUGGCCACAACCGCCCUCAAGGCCAUUCAGGUGGACCCUGAACUCUCCCCACUCGUCAGGCGACAGCUCACCGUUGUCCCAGUGCCGACGUCAACGCAGGGUUCUCCGUCUGGCGGCGAUGCCAAUGCCCAGCUCCUUGAGGUUCAGUACAAGGCCACAACCAAUCGAAUGCUCCGAGUUGCUGUCAACGGCUUCAUGGAGAGCUUGAAACUUGUGGUGGAGGUCAUGGAGCAGUUAGAUACUGACGUUCUUGACCAACAACAAUAA